AUGCAAUACGUCGGAAAAGUUGGAGGCUAUGUGUACAAUCAGUGGAGCUCCUUGAACCCCGCCACGUUAUCUGGGGCAAUCGACGUGAUAGUGAUUGAGCACCCGGAUGGAACUCUCCACACUUCGCCGUGGCAUGUCCGGUUUGGGCUUUUCCAGAUAUCCAAACCCUCGCAGAAGAAAAUCGACCUAUAUGUGAAUGGGGUCAAGACCAACUUGCCCAUGAAGUUGGGCGAAGGCGGAGAGGCUCAUUUCGUGUUUGAAGCAGAUGAUUCCGGGCACUUGCUAUCGCAUAGCGUGCUCACUUCGCCCGUGAUCUCGCCCGUGUCGUCACCGGGGAGCUCGGCAGCUAGUAGUGAUGUUGAGCCCGACGAGCUCGAUCUUGAUGAAAAGAUCAAGCUCAGCGACAUCCCUGGUCCCAAGCUUGCAGCUGCCGAGGCCAAGUUGGUGAUGGAGAAUGCCAAGAAGAUCACCAAAAAGUUGAACAUACCGACCAAAGUCGAGAUGAAUGGCGACAUGGUGAUUGAUAUGGACGGGUACAAGGCCAAUUCGCAAAAGAAUAUAGAUAAUUCAGGAGAGUUGUUCAAGAAAAUCUUUAUGCAAGAAAUCGAAGGAGAGCAUCACCUCCACGAAGGCGAAGGCGAAGGCGAGCACGUCAAAGCCUGGGACCAGAUCAUAACCAAGGACAAGAACGGCAACAUCCGGAUCUCGAAUGUUUCUGAUACGGACAGCGGCGAGAUUGAAGAGCAUGCAGAAACGCCUCUUAGCGCCACCACCACGGCGACUUCGUCCACCACGGCCACGGGCACAAUCUCGAGAGUCUCUUCCUCGUCUACAUCCUCCGAAAGCGACCAAAUUUAUUUCAAGACGUUGCGGUUGACGUCGGAUCAAUUGUCAAAGAUGAAUUUGCACUAUGGUGAAAACUCGUUGAGAUUCAAAUCGAGCGAGGGCAAGUCGCAAGUCACGGCAAACUUGUUUCUCUGGAAAUCGUCGACACCAAUAGUCAUCUCGGAUAUCGACGGCACAAUCACAAAAUCGGACGCUCUAGGGCAUGUUUUAAACCUUAUUGGAAGGGACUGGACCCAUCCCGGUGUGGCGAGCUUGUUUCAAGAAAUCCACCAGAAUGGGUACCACAUUGUUUACUUGACGGCUCGUUCGUUGGGCCAGUCCGACACUACAAGACAGUACUUGCAAGGGGUCAAUCAGGACGGGGUCAAACUACCGGCUGGUCCCGUGAUUCUAAGUCCCGAUCGAACUUUGGCUGCUUUGAAAAGAGAAGUUGUGUUGAAAAAACCCGAAGUUUUCAAAAUGGCAUGUUUAUCUGAUAUCAGGAAUUUGUAUUUUGAAAAAGACAUUUUUGAAAACGAAGAAGGCGAAGAAGAGGACCAAAUUACACCCUUUUACGCUGGGUUUGGGAAUAGAAUAACCGAUGCCAUUAGUUAUAGGUCUGUUUACAUUCCAAGCCACCGGAUCUUUACAAUCAACCCCAAUGGAGAAGUGCAUAUGGAGCUUUUGGAGUUGGCCGGUUACAAGUCCUCAUAUCUUCACAUUGGAGAGUUGGUUGACCAUUUUUUCCCACCGAUAAAAGAAGUCAGCUCGAUAUCUUCCUACUGGAAUAACGCCCAAUGGUCCGAGUAUAUGCAAAACCAUGAAACUCCAGAGUCUACAACCAGUGAUGUGAGGUCGAUUCGCUCGGGACAGCUGUCGCCCAGACUGCCCGGCUCGCCGCGCAACUACAUGGAAGAGUACAAGACCGAUGAGAAAUUCAACGACGUCAACUAUUGGAGAACGCCUCUUGAUUUUGAUGAUUUGGAUGCAAGUGAGUUGGAAGACGAGGACCUCGAGGGAAACUACUUGAAAGACGCUUCGUCGCACAGGUUUACCAAAAACCAAAAAUUGCUGCACAUGGCCAACAAUGAGAAACACAAAAAGGACCACAGUGAUAACCCUGGCUUAUUGCAAAAAGUUUACUCCAACUCGUUUGAUAGCACGCCUUCUUCGAGUCCUAAGCAAGAGAGGCCCUUGUCGUCGUCGUCGUUUGCCUCGCCGCUCAAGAGUUUUAUGAAGUUUGGGAAAAAGAACGCUGAUGACGAUGAUGAGGAUUAUCAAGAGGAACCAAGCAGCUUUAACGAGGGUGAUUUCACAGAAGACGAAGAUGAUUACACUGACGACGACUAUGACGACGACGACGAUUAUGACGAGGAUGAAGAUUAUGAGGACGAGGAUGAUGACGACGAAGAGGAUGAUGAAGACGACGAUGAGGACGAGGACGAGGAUGACGGCGUUGACGAGGACGACGAAGACGAUGAAGACGACUACGAAGGAGAAGAAGACGAUGAGAAUGCUGACGUAGUGAAGGCUGAAGAAGAUGCUCAAGAGGAAAAACAAGGAAAUCAAGAUGGCUCAGAAGAUAAACUAAGUGAUGCGUUGAAAGCGGUGGCAUUAAACCCUCAGGAAAGCUCCAAUGAGAAAGCCUCAGUGGAGAGCACGCAAACGCAAAGCCAGGCUCAGGUUGAUGCCAAAUGA